GAUGGGCCAGGAAUGGGGUCCCUGGGCACAAUGCUGGUCCUCCUGGUGCAGUUCUGGGUCCUGCAAGGAGCCACAGGCCUGACUGUGCAGCAGACACCCAAGUUCUUGCAGGUGAGACAGGACAGCCAGGUGACUUUGACCUGCCAGGUGGUGCGGACCCAGGCCUGGGAGCGGCUCCGUGUCGAGUGGAUCAAGGACGUUGACACCUUCUGCCAGACACACAUCGUCAAAGGCAGUCUCAGCAAGAAUGUCUGUGGGCCUCAGGGAUGGCUCUCCUGGCAGCCGCUUGGCAACCUCACCCUGCAGCUGAAUCAAGUGAGCUUCAAUGACAGUGGACGCUAUGUGUGUGGGGCGACCGUGGAGAUCCCCGAUUGGGAGGAGGCCCAGGGCAACGGGACGCAGCUUCUGGUGGAGACAGAUGGCUGGCUACAGGACCAGAGCUUCUCAGGACUCUACUUCGCGCCGCUGGUGGCAGGGGCGGUGGCCGUGGCCGCUUUCGCUCUGGGCGCCGGGAUCUGGGGCUGCCGCCGCUACCGGAAGGGGGAUGCAGGUAAGGAACCGCGCAGGUAG